CCAGCCGAGCUCGGAGCCCCGGCGAUCGGACACUUCCUUUGCGACGCCAGCGGAGUCCUCCCCGCUCCAGGAGCCCUGUCCCAGCCGCAGCCACGCCACCCCUCAAUCCCGGACACCCAGCACCAUUCAGCGCGAAGCUCUUUCACCAGAUCUAUGGCAUUCUGACAAUGAACAAGCGCGCUCAGUUAUUGGAACAGCUGCAGUUUGUCCAGUUGAAAUGCACACCUCGAGACAUGCCCUGUGUGCAGGCUCAGUACGGGCCCGCCCCUCCAGGCUCAGCCUACUCUGGCCAGUCCUUCAGUUACCAGGGCGACAGCUACAGCUCUGACCUCAUGACCCCUGACUACACCAAACUGGACCUAGGCGGGGGCGAGAUCUCCGCUGCCGCUGCCACCACCUCCCUCCCCAGCUUCAAUGUAUUUGUGGAGGGCAGCUACGAGCCGAAGUCCUCCUGCCUCUACCAGAUGGCUACACACAGGCCCACCAUCAAGAAGGAGGAGGAGAGCUACCCGACUGCUCCACCACUGGAGGCCAUGUCCUCCUCUACAAUGUACUUUAAGCAGUCUCCCCCUUCCACUCCCACCACUCCAUCCCUGCCGCCCCAACCUGGCACCUCCUUUCUGUGGGAGGAGCACUCCCUGGCCCCUCCGUCGCACCCCCACUCUAUGGGCUCCAGCUUGGAGACAGGCCCGCUCAAGUCACCCCGCUUUCCACACUUCUACCAGCACUCGCCACCCCAUAGUGGCGGCAGUGUUGGUGGGGGCUAUGAGAAUCUGGGAGGAGGACUGGUUCGCACCUCCUCUUCCUCCUCCUCCUCCUCAUCCUCAGUUUCCCAUACUCAUGGUCCACCCCUGGAGCAGUCCAUGUACCAGCUGCACCGCGGGGCUGGGGGUAGCAGCUUCGCCUUCCGCUCGCUGGCUCUUGGGCCCUGUGGCCCCCUACUGGGGGACAGCCUGCCCUCGCCUCCCCCACGUGGCCCCCAAGGAGAGGGCACCUGCGCAGUGUGUGGGGACAACGCGGCCUGCCAGCACUACGGUGUACGCACUUGUGAGGGCUGCAAAGGCUUCUUCAAGCGCACCGUGCAGAAAAACGCGAAGUAUGUGUGUCUGGCCAGUAAGAACUGUCCUGUGGACAAGAGGAGACGUAACCGCUGCCAGUACUGCCGCUUUCAGAAGUGUUUGAGUGUUGGCAUGGUGAAGGAAGUGGUACGCACUGAUAGCUUGAAGGGGCGCCGAGGCCGUCUGCCUUCGAAACCAAAGAGCCCCCUGCAGACAGAAGCAUCUCCUCCGUCUCCACCUCUCAGUCUGCUUUCCGCUCUGCUCAGGGCCUAUUCCCACUGCACACCCCGUGACUUCGACUACAGCCAGUUCAGUGCUGCCGACCCCCCUUCCUCCUCCUCAGAUGCCGAGCACAUCCAGCUCUUCUACAGGCUGCUCACCAUCUCGAUGGAGACCACACGUUGCUGGGCUGACCGGCUGCCUGGCUUUUCCGAGUUUCAGCGUGACGAUCAGAAUCUGCUCAUAGACUCUGCCUUUUUGGAGCUGUUUGUUCUGCGACUGGCUCACAGGUCGAUGCUGUCAGAGGAUAAGCUAGUGUUCUGUAACGGCUUGGUGCUGCAUAGGUUCCAGUGCCUUCGUGGGUUUGGAGAGUGGCUGGACUCCAUCCGGGACUUCUCCACCCACCUCCAGAGUCUAAACCUGGAUGCCUCUGCCAUAGCCUGUUUGGCUGCCCUCGUGCUGCUCACAGAGCAAGUCCCAGGUCUGAAGGACUCAAAGCGGGUGGAGGAGCUGCAGAAUAAAGUGAUUUGUUGUCUCAGAGACCACCUGGGUUGCGGCCCUUCUUCCUCCUCAUCCAAGGCUGUGCCCCCUCUAAGUCGCAUUCUGGGUUUGAGGGCAGAGCUCCGUUCCCAGAGGACCCAAGGCCUGCAACGAAUCUUCUACCUGAAGCUGGAAGAUCUGGUACCACCCCCUCCGUUGAUUGACAGAUUCCUGGACACUCUGCCCUACUGACAGUUCAGUCUGACCACCCAGAGAAAAACCCAGUUCACGUCCAGUUCAGGCCUUUAAAACCCCCCUCACCCCACCCCCCACAACCAGAGAGACUCAGUCACCUCUGACUGAUGCAGAACUGAGAGAACCAAUAAGAUACUUUUCAAUCAAUGGAACAACCAAUCAAGAAUGCCUUUUCACUCAAACUGACAACCACUUAAAUGCUUUUCACCAGAAUAAAAGACUCAAAUGCUUUAUCACUUUUUAUUUUUCCUCAUGAGAGAGGAUGACAAGACUGAGAUGGAACAGAAAAAUGACUUUUUACUGUCUUCUCUCCAUCUGGGUGACAGCUCAUCCAGCAAAAAAAGACAAAACUCUGUGUUUAUCUGUGUUUCGGCCUGGCUCAUCCAGUCUGAGGAUUUUCUGUAGUACAGAGGAAGAGGAGGCAUCAGUAUGAUUGAAUGUUUUCAAACCUGAAGAUGUCCCUGUGAAACACAAGUUGCUGUGUAUUCUAUUUCCUCCGCUGAGAGGAGGAAGGGGUUUUUUCAUACUUAAAUGUACUGAAAUGUCAGAGGUCAGACAGUGUGAGUAUACACUUGUGGAAUCAUGAUAAAGCAGGACACAGAUAUUUCAUAAACACAUGAAAGUGGCUGUUGAGUUGGGCUCUUGAUUCCAAGUGCAAUUUCUUAAGUGCUAUCUCACCACAAAAGCAAGAGGUGGAGAAGGAACGGUUUAAUUUCAAACUCUAAAUUAUUUUAAUGCAAAGACCUCUCCUGUACUCUAAGUAUCUAAAAGAAAGAAAGACAGUCUCCAUCUGGCUUUAGACAGCAGAGGAGAUACUGUGCACUAACGAUCGAUGACUGAGUCACCCAGACUUGAACUUGCUCUAGUAUAUUUUUUUUAUUAACUCGUUUUGAAGUCAUAGGUCGGGUAGGAGUAUGGAGGAAUGAACAUGGACAUAAAUUGGCUUUUGAAGCACUUACACCCUGUAAAGGGCUAGAGGCACAGACACACACCCUACCUGCUCGUACGGAGGACGGUGAGCGGAGGGUGCUCGACAGAUAGCUGCAAGUUCAGGGGUGAAACAUUCCGCAGUCGUGCUCUUUUUCUAUUUGUUCCUAUUGUGGAGAUUGUGUGAGAAUGUGGAGGACAUGGUUGCAUACUGUCUUUGUGUGUACGCUUAGAGAAGCCAGGGUCAAAUGCAUGGUGUGUCAUAAGCUGUCAAGACCUGCCAUAGCCUGUCAAAACAGCUCGAGUUGUGUUUGUGUCUCAGACUGCGGCUCUAUGGGGAUGUCCCUGGGCCUCCACCACCCACUCACACACUCACAGCAGCAGUUUGAAAUAUGAA